AUGAAUUGCUCUCCUUCUUUUGACAGUGUCUUUGGGCCUGCAGUGGCAUUAUGCCGUAGGCAUUUUGACUUUACCAUCCCUUUUGAGGAAAGUAUGCUUUCUAUUCUGCCCUCGAGCAUCUUUUUGAUAGUAGGAUGCUUAAAUCUUAGGAGAAAUAUCCACAGACCACGGAAGUCUGAGAUCAAUUGGUUGUAUUUCUCGAAGCUGCUACUCAUAGCUGUCUGCUUCGUACUAGAAGUUGCUUUAUUAGUAGAAUACUGUCGCCCUGAUGCUUUUAAAACGCGGUGCACAGUAGCUGCUACAAUUAUAUCCGUAGUCGUUGUUCUUGUCAUGAUAGCCCUCUCCCACGCAGAGCACACGACAUCCGUCAAGCCCUCGGUAAUUCUAACUACCUAUCUCUUUAUUAGCGUUAUCUUGGAUGCAGUUCGCAUCAGAACCUUGUGGCUCUCUAUGCAGAAGACUGAGAUUUCGAUCCUAUUCACAACCACCACUGGGGUCAAACUCGCUAUUCUCAUAUUGGAAAAUAUACCAAAAACACUUAUUCCAACGUCGGUGGAUAAAGGCAUAUCUCCAGAAGAACUGAGUGGAAUCUUCGGUCUCUCUCUUUUCACAUGGAUUCUGCCUAUCAUGAAACUUGGAUUUCGAAAAACACUCGCAAUUGAUGACCUUUAUGUUAUCGAUGGAGAAAUGGCCUCUGAGUAUUUGGGGCAUAAAACUCAACGAGAAUGGAAUAGAGUGGCUGCUCAGAAGGGGACAUUGAUCUGGAUUAUUUCCAAGACCUUGAAAACGUCAAUCUUUGUGCCAGUUAUCCCACGACUUUUCUUGACUGGAUUCACAUUCUCCCAGCCAUUUCUCGUCAAUAGGAUGAUCAGAUAUCUACAAAAUGAUCAUGAAGAGAAUCUGUCUACUGGUUACGGACUGCUUGGAGCAUACGCGCUAGUAUACAUUGGAAGUGCAAUUGCAACUGGUUGGUAUCAGCACCUCACCAACAGAUGGAUCAUCAUGACCAGGGGCAGUCUGAUCACUCUCAUCUAUAAUAAGACUUUAACAAUGAGUAGCACUGAAGACGAGCGACUCAGUAUGUCUCUCAUGAGUAACGAUGUCCAGAGGAUCAUAGCAGGUCUAAGGCCCCUCCAUGAGACUUGGGCAUGCACACUGGAGGCAGGCCUAGCUAUUUGGUUGCUUGAAUUGCAAAUCCGUUGGGCUACCGUCGGUGUUGUCGUGGUAUUUUUAAGUUUGUCUUGCCCAUCUUACAUAGGCGAGCGGCAGCGAGUUUGGAUACAGGCUAGCCAGAAACGAGUGAAUGCGACUGCCAACAUGCUGGGAUUGAUCAAAGAAAUCAAGAUGUUAGGUCUAGAGUCUCGCUUUCGAAGCAUUCUGGAGUCUUUCAGAGACCAUGAAUUGAAGGUAUCAAAGGCUUAUAGACAUCUAACGUUGAUGUCUAUCGUUCUUUCUUACUCUACCUCAAUCUUAUCACCUAUUGUGGUCUUCGCCAUCUAUACAACAAUCGCGAAUAGAGAUCACGAGCCUCUAGAUACAUCUAGAAUGUUUACAACGUUGACUCUGAUCAGUCUGCUUGGAACUCCUCUUAUUACUUUGUUCCAAUCUCUUCCAUCCUUGCGUUCAGCGUUAUCUUGCUUUCAGAGGAUACAAGUAUUUGUUGAAUGCGCACCUCGUGACGAUUAUAGGGUACUCAUUCAACCUGGCAAUUCAAGCUGCAGCAUCUUAGUAUCUCAUGAGAAGUCUAGCGAUAUUGCUUCGACUUUCGUGUCGGCGAAUCCUAGUACAGAUGCAAUUGUGAUCCAUGAUGCGAGUUUUGCUUGGCUUCAAGGAAAAGUUGCCAUUCUGCGCAACAUCAGUCUGAGGGUUGCCCAUGGCAAGCUACUGAUGGUUGUCGGCCCAGUGGGAAGUGGAAAAUCCCUUCUCAUGAAAGCAAUGCUCGGUGAAGUGGCAAUUCUAAAAGGUUGCAUAAGUUUGUCGGAUCAAAUCGGAUAUUGUGAUCCAACUCCCUGGCUGAGAAAUACAAGCGUGCGGCAAAACAUCAUUGCAGCAUUGCCCUUUGAUGAAGCAUGGUAUUCCACUGUGCUUCAUGCUUGUGCGAUAGAUAAGGAUAUUGAAAGAUUUGCUAAUGGUGACUUACAUGCUGUUGGCAGCGGAGGGAUAAAUUUGAGCGGCGGGCAAAAGCAACGGAUCGUCUUAGCACGCGCGAUAUACGCCAGACGGAGGCUACUGAUAUUAGAUGAUGUCUUCAGUGGCAUUGACAUGGAGACAGAGGGGCUCAUCUUUCAUCGUCUUUGGGGAUCUAAUGGUCUUCUUCGACGACUACAAGCGACAGUUGUCUUGGCAACUCACGCUACACAUAGACUUCGGUAUUCGGACCAGAUCUUUGUUUUAAGCACCGAGGGGGUGCCGCUAGAGCAAGGCACUUUCGAUAGACUUACCGCAUCAGAUGGCUACAUCGCCUCUCUUUACAGCGGCUCGGAGAGCAAUCAGAUACUAUCGCCUACAAUGCAAAAGAGGAAAACAAUAUGCACGGGGAAUCACAUUCAAGCAAAAGACCGCGCUAUUUAUGGGUAUUAUUAUAAGGCUAUUGGAGCCAUGCACUCUUCAAUAUUUGCAAUGACAGCCGUUGCUUUCGGCGUUUUCUUGAAAAUUCCAGAUGUCUGGGUUACAUUAUGGUCUAACGCAAAAGCUAAAACACCAAACCAGCGGACCGCAUAUUGGCUUGGAAUAUACUCGAUGUUUCAAAUACUCGCUAUCGUAUCCUUGGCGACUUCUAUUUGGCACUUAAUGUCCAGGUUUACUACCAGCUCGGGGAAAAGACUACAUACAUACUUGCUAAACUCUGUACUAGGGUCACCUUUCUCAUUCAUUAGUGCUGUCGAAGUUGGCGUGCUAAUAAACAGAUUCAGUCAAGAUAUGUUGUUAGUCGAUAAUACUUUACCUUAUGAUCUGUUUAAUACCGCUAUAGAGAUGGUAACCUGCAUCGUACAACUUGCGAUCAUGGCAAUCUCCAGCGUCUACAUUAUCGCCAUUUACCCACUCAUACUUUUAUUACUUUACUUUCUCCAAAGAUUUUAUCUCCGUACAUCGAAACAACUUCGAGUGAUGGAACUAGAGGCCAAAUCACCUUUAUACGAGCAAUUUCUGGAAACAAUAAGUGGAAUAUGUUCUGUUCGGGCGUUUUCCUACCAAUGGGCCUUCCGAACCCAGAAUGACCAGUUACUUGAUGACUCACAACGACCACUGUAUACCUUGUGGGCUCUGCAAGCGUGGCUAGGCGUUGUUCUAGAUUUGACAGUCGCAAGUUUGGCUCUUAUUGUUGUUGGACUUGCUAUCGGCCUAAGGGACAAGGUGCAAUCCGCAUCCAUUGGAGUUGCGCUGCUUAACUUGACGAGUUUGGGGGAGACGAUAAAAAAUGUGCUUACGGAGUGGACAUCUCUCGAGAAUUCCAUGGGGGCAAUAUCAAGGCUUGAAAGCUUUAAUCGAGAAACCCCUUCCGAAAAUCUCGCCAGUGAGGUUCAACAGCCUCCAGCUAACUGGCCGAGUGUGGGACGCGUCGAGUUCAAAGCCGUGAAAGCCUCUUACAGGCAGGAUUUUACCUUGGCUCUAGACGACAUUUCACUAUCAAUUGAAGCAGGUCAAAAGAUUGCAGUUUGCGGUCCAAGUGGCAGUGGCAAGUCAUCCAUCGUUGUCGCCCUUCUAGGGAUGCUUGAGCUUUCUCACGGCAGCAUAAGUAUUGAUGGCGUCGAUCUGUCCACAUUUUCCCGUCACGAAAUCCGCUCACGUCUCAGCUCUGUGACGCAAGAGCCGUGUUAUUUUCCUGGCACAUUUCGCCUUAAUUUAGAUCCAGCAAACUCCAUCUCAGAAGAAAGAGUCAGCACAAUUCUACACAAAUUAGAAUUGUGGACAAAAAUCCAACAAGAAGGCGGGUUAGAUGCACAGCUUUGUUUUGAUGCCUUUUCCCACGGGCAGAAACAGCUGUUUUGUCUAGCUAGAGCAAUUUUGAAAACCUCAAAGAUUUUAAUCCUUGACGAGGCUACAAGCAGCGUCGAUAAAGAGACUGCUGAAACGAUGGAACGUGUGAUUGCCGAGGAAUGCCAGGAACGCACAAUCAUCGCAGUUAUUCAUCGACUUGAAUCCAUCAAAUACUAUGAUAGGAUCAUUAAUCUAGACAACGGAAAACUAAUAGCUGAAGGUACAUAG